CAUGCGGUCUACAUUUAGCUUUAGAAAAUAUGGAUCUUUAAAAGAGAUUGAAAUACAAGAACUUGAGCAGUGCCUUUUUUAGAUAGAUCUUCAACAGGACUAGUCUAGGACACAGGAACAUGAACAAUACGAUACAAGAAAAGUGAGCAAUGUCUAAUGUGGACUCUUCAUCACCUGGUACACAGGUUUGGCAUCUUAACCUUAAUAAACGAGAAAAAUAUGUUGAAAAGAUUUCCAAAACGUGGAAUGAUAUCAAGAGGAACGUCAACACGGAGGAUGAGCAAAGUUCCACCAGAAAACUCAUUAAAUCAACGCCCACCAUGGUGUUUUCGGUGAUUGGAGACUCAGACAGCUGUGUUCCAAGUCCUUGGCCAACUUCAGUAUUCCAGACAGCUCUGAUAGAAGCAGCAAAGAGUGGGGGAGAAACAUUUAUCUUAUUCAAAGGAAACGGCGGAGGGGUGUCUAAUGUCGUACGGGAUGCGUAUCAGCAUUACGAGGAUAUGGAGUUUGGGAGCGAAACAAGGACAGUAAAUGACCAAGAAAGACACAUUAAACUCAUCAGUAUGACCGGUAAAAAGACUGAUAAACAACCAUCAGAGAGGAACAUGGCUACAAUACACACAUGUGAAAUUGAGGAAGGAGAUGACUUUAUGCUUGAUUUUGAACAAUUUGUUUCUGAACAAGAAAUCUUCUAUUUUGGAACAGACAUGGAAUUCAAAAUCCCUGUUCCAAUCGUUAUUCUUGUAUGCGAAGGGGAUAUCGACACCAUCUCACACAUAUCAAAAGCACUUCAAGGCAAAAUUCCUGUUAUCAUUAUGAAAGGAUCGGGAAACGCUGCUGACUUGGUGCUUGACUACAUAGACGAUCCUGACAUACUUCGGAAAAAUGUCAGCAUCAUUCUCAAUAUCGAGUUGGAUGAUCCCAAAUUCAGUAAUCUGGAAAAUAAUUUACAGACAAUCAGAGACAAUUGGGAUUUGGUAGGAGUGUUUGAUCUAGACCGAGAUGACCCACAUGUCUUGUCAGGUAUUGCAGGGAAAGCAAUAGUUAGUUGCUGGUCAGUAAAGAGGAGUUCCCGGUAUUCCAAUCCUGAUGUUCAGGAGAAAGAAAAACAAACAGCUGGAACAAACAAACACAUGUCUCAAUCAGCCUCGAAGAGUUUUUGUAUGGAUUUGAUAGACCAUGAUCAGCUAGUAAAAGGACUCAAAUGGGGGUCGAGACCAUAUGUGCAAAGUCCAAACUUUUGUACUUCCACUUCACUCCCGUUGUAUUUUUAUUUUGGAUAUCAAAUAUUGCAAGCAAAACCCCUGAUGAAGGAAUGUGGAGAUGUUCUCCUUCUUGAGGCAUUAAAAGCAAACCGAUGUGAUUAUGUGAGAGUUUUGUUGGACCGAGGUGUUAAAUUCAAUAUCGACAAUCUCUCCGAACUUUACGAACAGACAAUCUCAUGCCAGGAUUGUAAGUUUAAAGAACAAGACUGUUUGCAUUUCAAAUGGAUUUUAUAUCAAAUACCAACAGCAAAGACGUUAUGUCUGCAAUUGCUACAGACAGGGAAAAUAAAGGAACGAAACAUAACAAUGAAUGGAAAGACAACUAAAAAGAACACAAAACAUGUUUCUGUGAUCAGUGCUACUAAAAAACUUUGUUGUGAGAUAUUGGGAUAUGAAGAAUAUAUGCAGGGAGAAACAUUCACAGAUGAAAGUGUUGCUGAUGUUUUAUUAUGGUCUAUCUUCGUCAAUAGGAAAAAAUUAGCAGAAAUCUGCUGGCUAAGAGGCAAAGAUCAACUAUUGACCGGUCUAGUAUGUUCGGCCAUUCUUAAAGAACUUUCCAACAACGCAAGCAAUGUCAAGGAGCAGGUCUUAUCAAAAGAUCUAGAGGAUCAUUCAAAAAUCUUUCAAGGACGUUGCCUCAGCAUAAUGGAUAGAAUGUAUGAAGAAAACACAAAGCAAGCUAUCGAUCUGAUGGACACUCAGACAGUUGUCUGGGGGAUUCACUCAAGUCCAUUGACUUUUGCAUACGAAAAUUUUAUGUACGAUGUGGUAGCUCAUACGUGCUCCCAAAAAUACAUGAACAAGCAGUGGUACAACAGAUUGUCGCCGAAAAUAGUACCUUUUUUGAAGUCUGCAUUGAGCAAGCCGAGGAAGUUCAUUUUUGCUCCGAGGACCAAAUAUUUAUUGAAUUACGUAAUAUUUUUCUUCGUGUUAGCCAUGUACAGUGACUUUGUUCUGACAAGUAUCGGAGAUCCAUUUUAUGACACAAUCAAAGCCCAUGUUUUUGAAUAUUCCAUGUAUGUAUGGGCUGUCGGAGAUUUUAUUGAAGAACUGAUCGCUUGCUUUGGAUGCAAGAAUACACCAGGGCGUUCCCACAGGGGUUACUGGUCCCGUGUACUGAGACACUUAAACGACUUCUGGAACGUGGUGGAUCUGUUGUCGUUUCUUUUACUCACCAUUGCACUAUGUGUCCGCCAUGCAUAUCCAGUUCCUCCGACAUUCACUUUUGCUAGAAAUAUGUUUGCUCUUUCUCUGCUUGUCAUGUACCUGAGAAUAUUAGAAGUGUUUUUGAUACACAGAAUAAUGGGACCCACCAUUAUAAUGAUCAAAGAAAUGCUGAAAGAUCUUCUAAGGUUCCUGUUUAUAGCUGUCGUUGUGGUAUUGGGAGUUGGAAUUUAUUACCACGCAAAUAUGUGGCCGGAUCACCAAAGCAUAUGGUCAGAUGACUGGAACAAUUGGAGAAUAUGGUCUAUCAUUUACUUUCCGUACUGGCAGCUUUACGCUGAGUUAAAUCUUGAGACUGUUGAUGGUAAUGGACCAACUAACUGUACCAAAAACCGUACUAUAUGGGAGAACGACCCGUCCAAAACUGGGUGUUCACAAGAGGAUUGGACGGUUCGGGCCAUUGCAGGAAUAUAUGUGUUGUUCUCCAAUCUCCUCCUGGUCAAUCUUGUUAUUGCCAUGUUCAGUUACACAUUUGAAAGGGUACAGGAAAACUCUGAGAAACUGUGGCACUUUCAGAGGUACACAGUUAUCUGUGAUUACAACCGACGGAUUCCAUCACCUUUUAACCUGAUACCUCGUCUUGUCCAAUUGAUCUUUUUAUUGAAACGUGACCGUUCCUGUGACAUAAAAAUAGGUCAUACUGAAAUAGAUCUCAUGAAUACAAAAGAAAAACGAAAGAAAUCAGCUCUUCAGAAGAACUUUCAGAAAAUAAUUUCUUUUAGAAGUUAUAACACAAAGUGAAAUAAUGAACUAUACGACAGUCAGAGAACGUCGAUAAGGAGAUACAACGAAAUAAUCUGUUUUUAAAAGUUAAAAUAUCAACGGAUUCGAAUGAAAUCGCUAUCAUUAUUUGUUGUUUUAUGUUCUAUCAAAAAAACAGAUAAACAUUCGCACGCAUUUUAUAGUGAUUUUAGUAUAUAAACUAAUUAAGGUGAGACUUGUGUUAUGAAAAAUGGUUUAAAAACGGUUUUUUAGUGUUCCUGUAUUUGCUUUGUAUAGUAUACUCGUUAGUAAUUUCAAAAGUAAAAGUGAUAUUUCAUUCUACCAUGUGUUACUAUAAGCAUUCUCACAUAUAUUUGUAAUUUUUAUGACAUUUAACAUGAAUAACUACAUUGAGCGUUGCAUUAUUUAACUAAAAUGAUUACAUAACUACAUGUAUAUAAAGAGUUUUAUAAAUGACAAAGGUCAAAGUAAUUUCAAAAUUUAUGUAUUACUGAAUUUCAAAUAGCUCUAUUGCACAAAAUAGUAUAAAAUAUAAUGAAAUAAGACAUUUCAGAAAAUAGCCCGUCGGCCCCUACAUUUACAUGGUUGUAUAAUUAUUGUCCUUGUUACAUCGUGAACCAAAACAAGAACUGAUCCAGCAGCCUAAUGAUAUACUUCACAGCAGACGUCAACCUCCAGAUCUGAAGAACAUUCUUACCAAAGCCAAAUUUACUUUAAAACCCGUUAUACCAAUUGUAUCUUAAUGCGAGGAUCCACGAUGCAGGAAAUAUUCUUUUCUUCAAACCGGCGCAUCCAUUAAUUCCAAGAACUGCAAUGAAUUGCAAAUCAAAGAAGCUAAUUUACUGCAUGACGAAUCCUAUUUGUGAUGACGACUAUAUAGGACAAACUAGAGCCAAACUCGCAGGUAGAAUACGCGCACACAAGCAGCAAAUUAGAGACCCAUCUGUGAGGAACACGCCAUGCAGCGGUCCAUAUAUGCGGAAAUGGAAUGUUUUAUAUAUUUCCUUUUCAUAAAGAAAACAAUGAACAAUUGCGUAGAGCUAAAGAAAAUCUUUUUGUUAAAACUGUUUAAACCAAAGUUAAAUUUUUAAUAUUAUAUAUUUUUUACAUCUACGUAUGAUAACUCUUCAACUGUACAUACAUGUUGAAAAAUUCACAAUCUGCAGUUCAUAGAUGGAACGAAAGAUUUAAGUAUAUUAAUGAAAUUUGGUAACUGUUAAGAUCAAUGUAUGGGCAUAAAUAUAAUUAUGUACAAGACAAUAUUUACACUUGCAAAUGUUUUCCCUUAUAUAACACUGUUUGCGCAAUCCGCUGUUAUUCCUGCAUAACAUCAUUAUGGGUCAAGAGGUCAGAGUAGCGCAUGAAUAAUCUAGGUCACUACUUUUUCUAUAUGUGCAAAAACUAACCGACUUGUGCUGAAACAAACCUAUUUAGAUAUCGUAAUGAAAACAUAAUUUAGGCAUAAAAAAUAAACAUACAUGUAUCUGUAUUUUGUUAUACAAAGUUUUAUUCAUUCAUUUUCGUAAAAAAAAUUAACAUUAAUUGCGGGGAUAAAUGAUUCAUGUUAGAUAACAUGUCAGGCCUGUAAACAGAAUGUUACGACAUCGUAACGAGGCGUUCUUGAAAAUUACAAUCGCAAUUUGUCAAAGGAGUUAAUUCAGUUAAAAUUCAUUUCUGACUUAUUACAAGCCUCGGUCAAAAUUGCAAACGCAAUAUCACAGACCUUUUGUGUUUAGUCCAUUCACGGAUCACGGUCAAAUUUAACUCCUUGUGCUUUUCUGUCCGAUUUGUUCCGUAAAAAGAACUUCGAAGUAAAAAUCGCUUUCCUCUACAAUGUCGGAGGAAAUCAUUAUGCUCUUGAAUCUGAUUCUGCGAUAGAAUUUCCCCUAAAAAUGCCUAAGUAGAUUCUAACUCAACUUUCAAUCGCUUUGUUUUCAAAUUUCUAACUGCUCUGCGACUUCAACAGAUGUGGAACUAUUCCGCUAAGCUUCAAUCGGGGUUUUUUUCAAUUGUACAAGUAAAUUUUCUUAUUUGUUUCCCUUUUUAAUAAUAAAAAAGUGUAUUCUUGUUAAAAGUAGUGUCAUAUUUAUUUUUCACGAUAAUCAAAUGCUUGCAACAUUAGUGCACUAUAUUUUGUUACGUCAUCUUAAUCGAAUCGGCUUUCUAGGUCAUCACAA